CUCCACUGACAGGAAGGAAGGGCUUUCACCAGAGCCAGAGGGAAACCACACACACACACACAUAAACACACACACACACACACUCACACACUCCUCCCACAGUAGCUGUUCCUCUAAAAGGCUGCCAGCUCUUUGAUGAUCACUGAGCGUCUUCUGGAACUCGUAGGAAUGAACUUUGACUUUACACACUCUGGCCCUUAACCCUGAGGACGAGGAGAGAUGAAGAAGCACUUCACGACCAUCCCACUCAUCCACGUCACAGAGGCAGCGCGGCAGCGAUGGGAACAACAUCCUCAGCCUCCCGGUACCGAUGCGGCGGGGGGGCUCAGAGUCCAACCUGGUGUCUGACGGGGGCGUGGGCUUGGACUUCACUAAGGGCCGUCUGGCCAUCGACAGCCUGCAGCAGAAGAUACUCAAGGUGACAGAGCAGAUCAAGGUGGAACAGACAGCCAGGGACCAGAACGUGGCAGAGUACCUCAAACUGGUCAACAACGCUGACAAGCAGCAGGUGGCACGCAUACGCCAGGUGUUUGAGAAGAAGAACCAGAAGUCUGCCCACAGCAUCGCCCAGCUGCAGAGGAAGCUGGAGCAGUACCACCGUCGGAUGAAGGAGGAGGCCAACGGGGCCAAGCACCCACCCAGGGAUGCCCGGGGGAAGGGGGGCAAGGAGGGCCAAAAGGACGGCAGCCUGCGGGACAUCAGCUCGGCCAGCGCGCGCAACCCGGCAAUGGACAAGGUCAAGACCAUCGGCCCCGGGGUCUCCCUCUCGCCCCCCUUCUUCUUCAACAAGUCGCGGGAGUUCGCCAACCUCAUCCGCAACAAGUUCGGCAGCGCCGACAACAUCGCCCACAUGAAGAGCUCCAUGGAGACGGGGGCGGGGCUCCAGGCGGAAGGCGGGGCCCGGGCGCUGAGCGGCAGCGCCACCACAAUUGCCAAGGCCAAGUACCCCAGCGACGACGAAUGUUCCAUAGGGACCUCUGUGUCGGCAGACUCCAACGGGAACCCGGCGGGGGGGUCGGGGUUGGGGUCAGGGGGUGGGCCGGGGAGGUCGGACUCUCAGGGGAGGCUGGGGGAGGUGCUGGAGGAGGUCAGGGAGAUUAGGGAGGCCCAGGCACAGCUGGCCGAGGACAUGGAGUCACUGAAAAGACAGUUCAAGAGCGACUACAGCUUCAUCACACAGACACUGCAGGAGGAGAGAUAUAGGUUUGAGCGGUUAGAGGACCAGUUAAAUGACCUGACAGAGUUGCACCAGCAUGAGACCAGUAACCUGAAGCAGGAGCUUGCCAGCAUCGAGGAGAAGGUGGCUUACCAGGCCUACGAGAGAGCUAGGGACAUCCAGGAGGCUCUGGAGUCGUGUCAGACGCGUGUCUCUAAGCUGGAGCUCCAGCAGCAGCAGCAGCAGACGGUACAGGUGGAGAACACAGACGCCAAGGUGCUGCUGGGGAAAUGCAUCAACAUCAUGCUGGCCAUCGUCACUGUGAUCCUGGUGUGCGUUUCCACGGCGGCCAAGUUCGCCGCGCCCCUCCUGCGGAGCCGCGUGCACCUGGCUUUCACCUGCAUGGGUUUGUCCCUACUGGUGGUCAUCUGGAAGAACUGGGAGCACCUGCAGUGUGCCCUGGAACGCAUGCUCCUCCCACACUGAGCUAGACUCCUCCCAUGUUAAGCUAGGCCCCACCCAGUCUGAGUUUGUCCCCCUCACAAUGUGGGUUUGGCGCCUCCCACACUGAGUUUGGAACUUUGGAACUCUGUGAUGUUGUCAUAGCGAUAGAUGAAAUGGGGCGGUGUUUACAAUGUAGCCUUACACCCCAACACCCUCAUGUCUCUCCUCCUCUCUGUCUUUUGGAGUUUGGACAGAACUCCUUGAGGGAAAUUGUUUCCAAACGGUGCCAGUGUGCCACUACAGUACAAAUGACAGGAAAGCAAGACAUCUGGGACUGACCAAUCAGAUGGUGGCUACAGAGGAAGCAGGACCAGGCACAUACAGUAUUAUUGCGGACACUGAUCUUUGUGUGGUUGUCAAUCUCAAUAGGACAUUGAACUGGACUAUGCAGGUCAUAAGCUUUUGUAUAACCUUUAAGAAAAACAAGGGGUCCGCCGAUUGGUUCCUCGUCUUUUGCGGAGUCGUACUUGCGUCACCUUUAUUACACUAACACACUGACAGCAUUAAAAACGAAUUCUCCCAGAAGACUUCUGGUUCUAAUCCACACACACUCUCACUCCCAUCCCCCAUGAUACACAUUCAUCCACACACACACGGAGAAGAAUGUGACUUGUGUGUCUGUGUAUGUACAGGGGGUGGGGGUGUUCUCCAUGUGAGAGCAUUGUCUGUGUGUACCUGUACUGUCAAGUGAUGAAAUGUUUUAUAAUUGGGAAAAAAAGACAGGGCAAUUUAAUUUUUUAAGUGUAAUAUUUUAUGAAUUGUUCUCUCGUGUGUGUGUGUGUGUGUGCCUGUGCCUGUGCCUGUGCCUGUGUGUGCCUGUGUGUGCCUGUGAAGGGUGGUUCAUUUUUUUACUAAGGAAUGUGUGCUGGUAUACGGGUUUGUGGAUAAAUGGUGUCUUAUGUACUCUAUAUAGUCUAUUAACAGAUGCAGUGGAACUGCCACGGGUCUAGUCUAUAAGGGGUGAAUUCACCCCAAAAGUUACGUGCUCUCUCUCCCAUAGGAAAUACAUAGACUGACCCUUUAGCCGCUAACAUGCUAACUGCGAGUGAUCUCAUCUGGCAGUCUGAUGGACCUGGGGGGGAAGUAACCUCAGACGUGAUACACACAAACCUCAUUUGUGAUUCAUCCUUUAAUAUUGAUGAUAAUGUCAUUUUCGUGAAAUAGGAAUUAAGCGCUUUCAGAAUGGGCUGAACAAAGGAAUUGACUUAUACCAAAUGUUUCAGACAGAUUUGAACACUACGUUUUAUGCGUUUUCUCUGAAAUGUUUAAUAUUUUUUGCCUUUUUACAAUGAGAACCGAACAAAAUGAACAUUCUAAAUGCCUUUGAUGCUAUCGUCUGAUUGGACAGAGAUGGGAGGGGUAGGUGGGAAGUGAGCGAUGCAGCUCUGGCCCCACCCACUCUGUAAGCUACUUAUCACUGUGAUGAUUAUGAUGAUGAUAGUGGCCAGGCCUGAUGCCUUUUCAAUGCAGCUUCUGUGUUAAACCUGAUAUUUUCUGUGCUUUGGUCUCUGUCUCUUUAAAAAGCCAAAUUUGGGUCUAUGUGGCUGGCACCUUGUGUAAUAUGUCAUGUCCUGAACCAUUGAUAUUUACACUGUCCGUUGGUUACUCAAGAGUUCUGACUCUAUCCCAAUUCCUGAAUCUAUUCCCUGUGUCUGGAGAGAGCCAUAUCCCAGAUUCACAGCCCAGGGCCUAUGAUUCCAGUGUCUAGAUUCUGUUAUGUUAUCCCCUCGCAGUAGCAUUGCACGCUGUUGGGUUUAAUCCGGUUAUGGUUUUCCAAAACGAGAACAAAAAUAAAUUCUCUUUUUCUAGAAA